AUGAGCUUGAAGGGUUGCAAUAACACAUUGUAUCAAUCAGCUGCUCUAGCCAUAGACAUCCGUCGGGUUCCAACUCUCAAUCGGAACUAUGCUCUUCUCAGCAGGUUGUCAUCUCUUAGCUCCAAACUCAAACUCAAAAUCUUUGGCCUGGAGCGGGUAAAACGGGUGCUCCCGCUUGUAACGGUGACGUUUAGGACGGAGAUGGAAAAGGCUCAGAGAAACAUCCCUUUUGGCAAAAGCUUUCUCAGUGACAUUCUGAGACCCGCCUUGUCGCUGGUUAGGUUCAUGACUAACGUUACGGGAGUAAGAGUGCAUCAUGGAUUUCUUGCACACCGGUUCGACUUGCCCUGCAUCAUCAACUCUGAGAAUAACUGCGCCCCUGACAGACGCACCCUUUUCUUCUCCAGCCUCUUGACUAUUUCCCCCAAGUCUCAUGGCAAUGCGAUGGGAAUCAAGCAUAGUAGGUACGCGCAACGCCAGAACCGAAAAUCGCAGCACUUUUACCGUUACACACAUGCAAACAAGAGAGACAUUGCCUGGGCUCUCGUGAACAAAAGUGCAUCAAUACACCUGAGCGACCAUCACCGAGAGGUUCACCAUGCCCUUCAGGUAGAAGUUGGCACGUGGGUUGGUCAGGUGUACCUUGGCAUGUUGGGCAUAAAGGGACGGCCCGGUCGCAUCACCACCACACAUUCAUCCAUCCUUUCGUCGCAUCCGCCAGAAAUCACCCUCACUCUUCCUCAGGGACGAGAGACCUUGCGGCACCUCCGUCCCGUAUGGGGGAAAGGGAAGUCUAAUUUGAACUCACGUCAAAUAUUGGAAUCAAACCAACACUUACUUGCUUUCGGUGAAACAACUAGCACACCACGUCAACAUGUUGCCCACCGGGAGAACAUGGAUGUUGGGGGGAUUCGGGAGGUCGCAUUCUUUUUCCCCUUCCCAGCAUCUCUUCUCGUUGGAUUCUCCUUCUUCCCACCCCCUUGUAUUCCGUAUGGUUCAGUUGCAUUCGUUCACCCGUGCCCCAAAACAAGCAAGACAGGCAUGGCAGAUAUUUCCGCGAUGAUCACACAUGGGAAAUUGAUCGUUAGACCUGGCCCCAAAUUCCCCGAAUCGAGCAGCUCUUCCCAAAUAGUAGAAGUACCAUUCCCCUUGCCUUUCCAUCUUCCGUGCUUCCUCGAUAUACCUUGCCUCGUUCUUACGUGCAUUACUGGUCAGGCCAUGCUGCAUCAGGGGAACCAGCAGCCGCGCUCCGGCCGACACCCAGACCCGGGUGACAGAACCAACCCCAGUGACGAGGGGUCCUUUUUCUUCCCUUUCUGCUCCAGCCACGCGAUCAGCCAGCUCACCGUCCACGCUGGGAGCUUUGCUUGGUAUUCCAUCAUAGAGCGCGUGUGUAACGUGUUGCAGACCGCCUUUUCGUUUACUGCCAUCGGCAGUAUCGAUACCCGCGUCCCGUCAGCUCUGCUCGUUCGUCUGACGGGGAGUCUGAGCCUCAUCAGUACAGCUGAGGAUGAUCAAUCAUCACAGACCUCAAGGUGGGCCCGGAGAGUCCACUCACAGAUUAUUGAAUCUCUAUUCUCUGUCCUGGCCCUGGCCCAUGGAAAGCUUUUCAGCAGGACUCUCUCUCGCCUCCAGCUACCGGGCCAACAUUACGCUUGGGCGAGACACACAUGCUGCACGCCUGCAUGGAAGCCUAGCAGCUAUUAA